AUGGCGUUACCCAAGAGGAUCAUAAAAGAGACGGAGAGACUCAUGGCUGAACCGGUGCCGGGGAUCAGUGCUGUACCACAUGAAGACAAUCUGAGAUACUUCGACGUCUCAAUACAUGGCCCUUCUCAAUCGCCUUAUGAGGGAGGCAUCUUCAAACUUGAACUCUUCUUGCCGGAAGACUACCCCAUGACACCUCCGAAAAUCCGAUUCUUGACAAAGAUAUACCACCCCAACAUUGACAAGCUUGGCCGGAUCUGUCUUGAUGUGUUGAAGAGCAAUUGGUCGCCAGCGCUUCAGAUCAGAACAAUUCUUCUUUCCAUCCAAGCUCUGCUAGGCGCUCCCAAUCCGGAUGACCCGCUGGCAAACGACGUCGCCCAACGGUGGAAGGAGGAUCAGGAAGCGGCGAUCCAGACGGCUCGAGAAUGGACCAGGACCCAUGCCAUGACAUGA